AUGAGUUUGAAUUAUUACCAUCAAACCGGAGCAUUUCACUCAGUGCUGACAUUCAACAUCGAUCCUGUGACUUGGAAGUACUUCACAAGAAAAAAUGAUGUUGGCUUUGGCUAUAGAGUGAUACAGAGAGAUACAUCUAGUUUUCUUGUGAGUGAUCCUUUAGUACAAUACAGCCAUAACACAAGAGGACAAGUUUAUAGCUGUACCAUUUCACAGGAAACUUGCCUGCCGGUGACAAUUAACGUGCCUUCUGAAGCGGUUAACAUGUCUCUUGGACUUUCUAUGACUAAGGAUACACAAUCUUCUAAUUCAGUGGUUUGUGGUCCAACCAUUCCUAAGGACUGCAAAGUGCUUACUACCCUCAGUGGUAUGUGCUUUAUCAUGAGCGGAAGCGAUGCAGUGAGCACACCUAUACCAAGUGCUUUGAGAAGCUGCCCUCUAGAAAUAGACAUCGCUUUUCUAAUAGAUGGCUCUGAGAGUGUAGAAGACGUAGAUUUUGUUAAAAUGAAAACUUUUGUCAUAACAAUAAUCCAGAGUUUUUCCAACUGCAGUUCUCAGUUUGCCAUUGCACAGUUCUCCACUGGUUUUGAAAUUCACUCCAAGUUUGAAGCAGUCAAUGACAUUGAUUCAUGGAGGAAAAGAAUAGAAGAGAUUAAACAGCAAAAAGGAUGGACCUACAGUGCAAAGGCUAUAAAUAAACUUGUGGAUGAGCUCUUCGUAACUGAAGGAGGGGCGAGGCAAUCAGCAGUUAAAAUCCUAAUUGUUAUUACUGACGGUAGAUCAAAUGAUGAACCUCAUCUCAGAGGUGCUGUUGAAAAGGCAGAAAAGAAGAAUAUUAUCCGAUUUGCUAUUGGCAUUGGUGAAGCUUUUGAUGAUGCCCGCACAAAGCAGCAGUUACAUGUUAUUGCAUCUGCUCCUGUUGCUGAACACGUGUUUAAUGUGACUGACUUUGACGCAUUGGACAGCAUCCGUGAACAACUGGAAGAAAACAUUGCUAUAGAAGGUGUCCAGUCCACUGGCGAUUCUGCCACAAUGGAGUUUGCUCAGGAUGGAUUUACUGCAGUGUUUACAUCCAAUGAAAGCCUGAUCAUGAGUUCUGUGGGAGCUUUCCAGGGGAAGGGUGGAUAUCAGGAACACUAUCAAUAUGGCCGUUCAUCAGACUUCCAAGUGGGAAGCGAGCAAGAUAGUUACUUUGGUUAUUCAAUGACAAUAGCAACACGGUCUAAAAAAAAACUUGUGAUUUUGGGAGCACCAAGAUACAGGCAUAAAGGACAAGUGAGGAUUUCAAUAAUUGGAAAUAAUGCAACUAAUCUGCUGGUGGAUUCACCCAAGCCUCAGAUUGGAUCGUACUUUGGAUCCGAGGUCUGUGUGGUUGAUCUGAACUGUGACUUAAAAACAGAUCUUCUAUUAAUAUCUGCACCAUCCUAUGUAGACUCUCAUUCUGAAGGCAGAGUUUUUGUGUACUUUUACUCUCGGCAGCCAUACUUCACUUUUUCUGUGGCGCUGGUUGGAAUGGCAGGCCACAGGGGUCGGUUUGGCUCUUCUCUGGCCAGUCCAGCAGAUCUGAAUGGUGAUGGUUUCAAUGAUGUGCUGAUUGGAGCUCCUUUAGAGGAGGACAGACAGGGCAGCAUCUACAUCUUCAAUGGAGGAGUAGAUCAAAUCAGUCCCACAUAUUCACAGAGAAUUGCUGGAUCAUCUGUACGCUCAGGUUUACAGUUUUUUGGACAAGCUCUGAGUCAGUCCUCCUUAGAUCACAGUGGAGACAGUCUACCAGACAUUGCUGUUGGAUCAAAAGGAGCAGUUUUACUUCUUAGAUCUAGACCCAUAGUGUUUGUGGAUGUGAAAGUAACCUACAGUCCAUCCAAAAUCUCAACCAGUCAAACAAACUGCACCAAGCCGCUGGAAAACACCUUGACAGUAUGCUUCAACAUGAGCAGAUACAAACAUGCUAUAACAGAUUUGGCUGCAAAUAUUAGCUAUACGUUAAAGCUGGAUGCCAAGCGAUAUAACCACAGAGCAUACUUCUUGCCCAAAAAUCAUGUCCUCAGUGAUGCUGUAAAUGUUACACUAGAGGAAGUGUGCAAAGACCAUCCAUUCUUCAUAGAGGCUUGCGUAGAGGAUUAUCUCAACCCACUGCUUAAUGAAUUAAUGAUCACUUUUGAGGGUCUGCCCUCCCAAAGCCUGGAAAACUUACAGCCUGUUCUCUUACCAUGGAUAAAGAACACUACAUUGUGGAUGUUAGAUUAUGAGAUGAACUGUGGAUCAGACAACCUUUGUGUUGACAACCUCAAAAUGGACUUCAGCUUUGGAUCUGCUAACAUAGAGGUUGGGAUCAUGCAGGAGAUCAAUGUGACAGUGUUUGUAGAGAACAAAGGAGAAAACUCAUACAACACUCACUUCACCCUCAACUACCCUUUUGGACUUUCCUACAGGAGAAUUAUGCCUCGAGUGGGCAGAGCAAAUUGCCAUUCUAUAGAUGGCAUGCGAGGAAUUGUAUUAGGGGAGACCAUCUGUCAGGUCAACAAACCUCUAUUCGCAAGAAACGCUUCUGCUGUGUUUGAUAUUAUUUACAGUAUUAAUAAAGAAAGUCAUUUUGACCAAAAGGUGACAUUCAGUGCAUCUGUUACCAGUGGCAAUACAAAUCACUCUGAAAACAGUGAACUGUUGAAAAUGAGAAACAUCAGUGUAAAACAUGCUAUAUAUUUUGCCUUGUUGAGACAUACAGAUUCCAGCAUUUACAUCAAUUUCACCAGUGGGAAGAAUAAUCUUGAAAAAACAGUUAAACAGAUAUUGGAGGUGAAGAAUGAGUUCAGAGAGCUAAAUUUAACAGUUUUCAUUAGAGUACCUGUAAAACUGGGAGCUGAAAACAUCUGGACUAAUAAAAACUUGCAGAUUCCAGAUUGCUUUAGGGAAAGAGACGAGCAGCCCACCUCUACCAAUUUUCUGAAAGUACUCAAAAAGAAAAACGUCUUGAAUUGCUCUGUGGCGGUGUGUGCAGUCUUCAGGUGUGAAGUGAAUCUAAUGAGAAAUGAAAGGAAGUUCUAUAAUAUCUCCAGCAAUGUGAGCUCUGGAUGGAUUGAGCAGAUUGGGAUUAGGUCUGCAUCUUUUCAGUUGGUCAGUACAGCAUCUCUGGAUUAUGAUGAAGACAAAUAUAUUUACUUCUCCGAUUCCCUCAGCUCUGUGCCAGUUUGCGAGGUAAGCACUCAGGUGGAGGUCUUUGAGGAACCCAGCAUCCUAAAGGAGGUCACUGGAGGAGUUAUUGGAGGACUGCUGAUCAUCUCACUCAUCACAGCUGCCCUUUAUAAGUCUGGCUUUUUCAAAAGAAAGGCCAAGCAACAAAGGAAAGAUCCAUCACAAGAAGCUGAUGAAGUGGAAAAUCUAAAUUAA